AUUUGUGCACCGCAGGGUCCCACGCACCAAAUCAAUGACAUAGUAUCGUUUUUGCUGAUACUGGCUGAAGUUAAAUAUUGGCAAACCGGCUUUUCGAUGCACAGGACAGAGACAGAACAGACUAUUCUUCCUCGAUAUCUGCCCUAAAGUGUCAGCCUGAAUUUCAUACACAAAUAUCCGAAUUGUGAGCCACUAGUUUACAGUUACACAGUAAUUAUUGUCACCAUUCAUGCCCUCACCUUACGCGGCCCCUGGUCAGUUAAACUGCUCCCAUUUCAAAUACUGUAGCAGCCCUAACCGAGUUCGAGCUAGGCCGCUCGAGGCGGCGCCUGCGCACUGGUGUCGGCCCACCUCCGUCCCGUGGAGGAGUCAGAGCGCGAGUUGGGGCCCUGUUAUUUGCCCCUGGCAUCACUGCAGCGAUCAUGUUACUCGGUACAGAAUCUGUCACAGCCCUCAGCACCGAGCGCUGAAUUCUGAUCAUCGGCACUGGGUAAACCGGCACUCUUCACAGGGGGCUAGUAUUGAAAUGACAAAAGAAGACCCUUUUGUAGAACCCUCCAAUGAUGAGGACUCUGUGAGUGGAAGUUGCAGCACUGUAUCCUCAGAUUCUGAGAGGCCAGUUGUCCAUCCAGUUGUUUCAGCACCUAUGCCUACAGAUUGUGAAUUUUCCUUCUUUGAUCCACAAGACCCAGCAUGCAAAAGAAUACUACAUGACCUUAACACAACUGUUUCAGAAUUGUUUGCUAUCUUGCGGCAGUGGGUUCCACAGGUGCAGCAACAGAUUGAUGUGAUUGGGAACGAGAUUCUGAGUCGGGGAUGCCAUGUGAAUGACAGAGAUGGAUUGACAGAUAUGACACUGCUACAUUACACUUGCAAAGCUGGAGCUCAAGGAAUUGGAGAUGCAGAGGUUGCUGCCAAGUUUGCUUCACAGUUGAUUGAAAUGGGGGCUGAUGUCACUCUUCGUAGCCGCUGGACAAAUAUGAAUGCUUUGCACUAUGCAGCUUAUUUUGAUGUUCCUGAGCUAAUAAGAGUAGUUCUUAAGGAUGCAAAUGUUGGAGAUGUGGAUGCCACUUGCAGCGAUUUCAACUUUGGAACAUCUCUGCACAUUGCAGCAUCAAACCUCUGCUUGUCAGCUGUGAAAUGUUUAUUGGAACAUGGAGCCAAUCCUGUCUUCAGGCUUACUCUGGAUGGAAUCUUCCUAGCCUUGUUGAGUCAGUUGGGAAAAUAUGGCAAGAUCAGAAAAAUGAGAUGCUUGAUGUCAAGAACAAAAGUCCAAUCAACCACCCGAGUUUUUACGAAUGAUAAAGGACAGAUGCCUGUUGAUAUUGUUCCUGACCCCUUGGAUAUGCCGCUCGAAAUGGCAGAGGCAGCAGCAGUUGCCAAAGAACUGAAACAGAUGCUCUUGGAUGCAUUACCACUGACAUGCAACAUGUCAAAAGCCAUGUUGACAAACUAUGAUCACAUCUCAGGCAAGGCACUACUGAUGUCGCUGGGCCUAAAGCUGGGAGAGAGAGUGAUGAUUGCAGGGCAAAAGGUUGGCACACUACGAUUUUGUGGCACCACUGAGUUUGCCAGUGGCCAGUGGGCAGGGAUUGAGCUGGAUGAACCUGAGGGGAAGAAUGAUGGAAGUAUUUGUGGCAUUCAGUAUUUUAGCUGUCCCAUUAAACAUGGGAUUUUUGCACCGCUUUCCAAGAUUAGCAAAGUACCCGUGGUAAAAAAGAGUGUAACAAGGACAUCAUCAAGUAAAACGUCAACUCCUGUCCGAUCACAAAAAAUUGAUUUGUCGCAUGUUACAUCAAAAGUUAACACAGGUCUACUUUCUUCCAAAAAAUAUGUUCAGAAAGACCCCAUACCAGCUCAGGACAUUACCAAACCUCAUGCUGGAACAGAAGUUUCUCUGCCUGGGUCACUCUGCUCCUCAUCUUCCUCUACCUCUUCAAUAGAAAGCAGACAAAGGCAGCCGCCCACCCGACAAAGGAAUUUGGCUAACUCUAAGAAGAUGGCAACUAAAUCAAUACCUGCAAUUACCAAGAUCACCACGGGUUUGAGGAGUCGAGCUCCAUCAGUUGGCAGUCUGGGAAGUGUAGAGAUUUGUAAGACUCAUAUACAGAUUGGAGAUCGUGUGGUUGUGGUUGGACAGAGGAGUGGUACAGUACGAUUCUACGGGAAAACAAGCUUUGCACCAGGUUAUUGGUAUGGGAUUGAAUUGGAUAAACCCAAUGGCAAGAAUGAUGGCUCUGUUGGAGGAGUACAGUAUUUCACUUGUGUGCCAAAACAUGGAGUGUUUGCACCUCCAUCGAGAGUUCAGAGGGUGACAGAAGCUCUGGAUUCCUUCUCAGAUGUCCCAACCAGUAAACUUAAUCGAUCAGUUAUAGGUUUCCAUCGAAGUUUUAGCACACCAUCUGCCCUUCCAUCACCAAGGGAGAUUAAAGGAAAGAAUGCUUCAAACAGGCCAAAAAAUGCAAUCAUGCGACGAAGCUGGAGCAGCACAAGUACAACUGAAGGAAGCGUAAAGUUACAGGAAGGCUCACAGGUACUACUGAGCAGUUCAAGUGAGAUGGCAACCAUUAAAUACAUUGGACCCACUGACUUUGCACCUGGCAUAUGGCUUGGACUAGAACUGCGCUCACCAAAAGGCAAAAAUGAUGGUUCUGUGGGGGAGAAACGUUAUUUUAGUUGCAAACCAAAUUAUGGAGUUCUGGUACGCCCAAGCCGUGUCACAUACCGAGGGAUUAAUGGCACCAAACUAGUGGAUGACAUUUGUGGAUAAAAGAUUUGUUUGCAGUAAGGUUAGGGGAAACUUAAUCAUACAGAAUUUAACAUAUGCACGUAAGCUAUGAAUUUCGUCCAUGGUGACAUCCAAAUACGUGCAUACAUGUAAUUGUGGACGUAAAUCACAUGUGUAACUACAAUAUGCAGGAGUCAACUUAAUAUCUUACAUUUUUCCAUCAAAACAGAUUUUCAGACACCGUAUGAAACAAAGUGAUUUUUGUUUUUUUCUAAUUGUUAAUAUUUAGUGUUUUAGAA